UCUCCUGUAGCUGAAGUUGAAGCAAACUCUUAGGAAGCUUAGAGUCUGAUAACCUUUUUUAGGGGCUGUUGAACUUUGAUUUACACGAAAUGGUGCCGAGCUUUACACCUUCUAUCGCCGUAACUGUAGAUAAGUGUGUAAUGUUAUAAAAUGAAGCGCAUUCAAAUUUCGCGCUGUUUGAUCCGCCUUUAAAGAGAGACCAGUCUGUUAGCUAGCCAUGUUUGUCACCGUAAAAAUGCGUCAAGAGCACAAAUUAAGCUAAAGAGGAAAUUCUGUUGUAUAUUUAUGCUGUGAAACCAUACAGACGUCUUUAAAAUGGAGGUGACGGAUAUCGGAAACAAAGAAGAGGGGAAAGUCUGGCAUCGACAACCAACACCAGGAAAAGGAGUGUUGGUGACGGUGGUCCGCACUGCUCAGCAGGCCAAGAUAGUGCGUUUUCUCCAUGUGACCUUUGACACCACAGGGGACUCUUUCCUGGCUGGAGAUCACCAUGGCAACAUCUACGUCUUUGACAUCAGUAGAAACAGAUUCCGUCUGGUGCAGAAGACGGGGCAAGCCUGCACUGCUCUGGCCUUCAGCCUCCGCAGGACCACAGAGUUCCUGGUGGCCUUGGCUGACUACACCAUCAAGUGCUUUGACAAAGACACAAAGCAGCUGGUCAGUUGGAUGCGGGGUCACGAGGGAUCCGUUUCUUCGAUCUCUGUCCACAGCUCCGGUCGCUACGCCAUCAGCACGUCUUCAGACACGGCUCAGCUCUGGGACAUGGACACCUUCGAGAGGAAGAGGAAGCUCAACAUCCGACAGUCUGUUGGUAUUCAGAGGGUGUUUUUCCUUCCUCUCAGUAACACCAUCCUCAGCUGCUUCAGCGAUGACUCCAUCUUUGCUUGGGAGAGCGACACGCUGUCCUGCAAAUACCAGCUCCCUGUCCCCGACUGUGGGCCCAAAGUCUCCUACAAGGCCUUCGCUGUCACACGCGAUGGUAAGAGCCUUGCUGCUGGGGGGCGUUCCAACCUGCUGCACCUGUGGUGUCUGGACAGCAAACAGCUGAUCAGGGUGAUUCAGAUGCCCACGCAGGUCCGAACCGUCAGACAGCUGGAUUUCCUGCCGGACAGCUUUGACGGAGGAGCCAGCCAGACGCUAGGUGUAUUGAGCCAGGAUGGUGUGAUGCGUUUUAUCAACAUCCACACCUGCAAGCUGCUGUUCCACAUGGGUUCCCACGACGACGCCAUCACCACAGCGACGGUCAGCCCCAACGGCAGACACGUGGUGGCCAUCAUGGAUAAUGGCAGCAUCAAUGUCUACAGUGUUCAGAGUCUCACUCAGGAAUUAAACAAGCCUCCUCUCUCCAGGGUGGCAGUGGUCUCUGGCGGUGGAGCUGAUCAGGACUUGUCUAACUUAAAGGUCAAGGUCAGGUCAGGGGUCAUUCAGAGAGGCAGGCAGACACAGGUGAAGAUACUGACACCCCCUGCUUGCUUUACAGCUGAGGAGAAAGAGAAUGAACUGCCUGCUGGUCUGAAUAAGAAGAGGUUGGUCGCUCUGCUCAAAGGGUUUGGAGAGUAUCCAGCUAAAUACAGGAUGUUCGUGUGGCGGUCUCUGUUGUGUCUCCCAGAGAACCAUGCGGCGUACAGCAGUCUGACUGACAAAGGCCUGCACUCAGCCUACCUCACUCUGCAGGAUAAAUACCCCAUCAAAAGUCACAAAUUACAGAGGGGCCUGCAGAGGGUUCUGUCUGCCUUAGCUCACUGGGCAGCCAUCUUUGGAGAGGUGGAGUACCUCCCCCUGGUAGCCUUCCCUUUCGUCAAACUCUUCCAGAACAACCCCAUGCUCUGUUUUGAGGUGGUGGCCACUGUCAUAGUGAAUUGGGGUCAGCACUGGUUUGAAUACUUUCCCAACCCCCCUCUGAACAUCCUGAGCAUGGCGGAGAACGUUCUGGCUCAUCAUGACAAGGAGCUGCUGCAGCACCUGGUGGACUGUGGCAUCACCUCCCAGCUCUACGUGUGGCCGCUGCUGGAGACCUUGUUCUCAGAAGUUCUUACUCGUGAGGAGUGGCUCAGGCUCUUCGACAACAUCUUCUCCAACCAUCCAUCCUUCCUGCUCCUGGCCUGCGUGGCCUACAUCACCUGCUGCCGGGAGCCUCUGCUGCUCUGCUCCCAGAAAGAGGACUUUGAGUAUUUCUUCCACCAUCGUAACAACCUGGAUCUGGGAGCCAUGAUAAAGGAGGCUUACCGGCUCAUGGGCAGCACACCGGCUGACAUCCAUCCCAGGACUUUGCUCUCUGACUUUACCCCACUGACCAAAGGCCAGUACCCCGUGUUCAACCACUACCCAGAAUUCAUAGUGCAAUACCAGAGCCGGGAGAGGGAGAAGAUACGACUGCAAGAGAUGGAGUAUCUCCGUGAGAGGCAGGAGGUGUCAGCACUGCACACAGAUUGCAUGCGUCACCAGGCUGAAGAGGAGGCCUAUUAUGCACAACAGGAGCUGUUGCAGAAUGCAGAGGAACAGCGCAGAAACAUCCUGGCACAAGAAGAGGAAAAACUAACUCAGCAGAGGACAAAGUUGGCAGCCAUGAAAAGAGAGCUGAAGGUGAAGGAGCUACAGCUGCUGGAUGCGACCAAAAGACGUUUCCUCAAACACCAACAGGACCUCAGAGCCUCGCAGGUUCAAAGGCUGGACCAGGAGAUCAGUAAAAAGAUGGAUCUCCGGGAGCGAGAAACGGCUACAGCAGUCCAGGAUCUGGAAGUCCGACAGAUGGAGCUGGAGGCCCAGCGGAAACGACUCGAACAGCACCUGUUUAAGGAGCAGGAGCGCGUGGGACGGGAGGUUGAGGAGGAGGUGGAGAUGAAGAUGAGGAAGGCAGAAAGAGAGGAGGAGAACUACACAGAGCUGUUACACCACACAGAGACCAACAUGCAGGCGCUGGAGGAGUCCCUGGCGGAGGCGUGCCAGCUGGGCCUGGAGUCGGACUGGCAGAGGGAGGUGGGGGGGCGCCUGCAGCAGGUCCACGCCCAGCAGCAGAGCAACAGGGGGAGACUGGCAGAGAGUCACAGGCAGACCCUGGCAGAGGAGGAGAGGCUGGAGGACACCAUGAGGGAUGAUGCCGGGAGGAAGUGGGAUGAGGUAAUGAAUUCCAGAGCUCAGUUACAGGAGCAGCCUCUGUCUUCAGCUGAAACGGACGUCCAAAGACAGGUGAGGGUAGUGUCGCCUCCUCAUCGACCCAUACCCGCCCCUUCUGUCAGUGCUGGACCCAGCGCUGCAGGUCCAGACGUCAGGCCCGGCCCUGCCCCCCCCCUGAAGCAGGCACAAACCAACAUGGUGUGUCUGAACAGCCGAUCGCCUUCAGAGAGCACCUCCACCGUCUUUUCCUUGGACAGAGGUCGGGCCCAGCUGGACAGCAGCGAGAGAAAUCUGAUGAAGGAGAUCAGAGAGCUGAGACAGAAGCUGGCUGCCAGAGCCAGAGAGGGCGGCUCCUCCCCGUCUGUCCUCACUCUGUCCUCCGUCUCCCAGUGACAGACUCUGUCCUCCGUCUCCCAGUGACAGACUCUGUCCUCUGUCUCCCAGUUACAGACUCCGUCUCCCAGUGACAGACUCCGUCCUCUGUCUCCCAGUGACAGACUCUGUCUCCCAGUGACAGACUCCGUCCUCAUUCUCCCAGUGACAGACUCUGUCUCCCAGUGACAGACUCAUCCCUGUCUUCAUCACAGAAACAUAUUCCUAUCUCAGACUACAGAAACAGACUGAGGAGCAUCCUGGCUGCUGACUGUCAGAGUAUUCCUAAAGCAUCCUCUAAAAACCACUUGUUCUCAUUCUGUGUGCAUUCAGUCCUCUGACUGGUUCCCUGGCUCCAUCAUCUGCUGAGUUCUCUGGUAAAACCCUCACUAGCAGCUACAGUACCAUUCAUUUUCAACUCAGUUCUAUCUGUGGCCCUGGCCAAACAAAAGCCAGAAGCUGUAUCAUCCUCUCUGUCUGUAACUGCUGAACACUACUCUGUGUCACAAAGUGAUGCAACACACAAUACUUAGGUACUUUGUAUAACUGUAUGAUAGACAUCUGUUAGUUUGUUUACAGAGCAGUGGAACAUCUUUGUUUACCUCCAAAUGUGUUAUUGUAUCAUUCCAAUGUAGUUUUUUUUUCAUUUGUACACUUUAUAUUCAUAGUUGUAGAUUAUUUAAGUAUUCUUGCUGGUGCGCCAUUUAGCAUUUUUAUUUCAAUGCAUUUUCUCUCAUUUUAUUAUUUAUAAUCUGGUUUGGAUAAAAAAAAAUGUAAAACCUAAUUCCACUUUCUCUUUUAUUUUGCUUUUAAAUAAUUUAUAGAAAGUAGGGUUUGGGGAAUAAAGGAUCUUGGUAGAAGUAAGAUUUGCUUCUUCUAGGAUUCUGUUUAUCAAUUUCCAAAAAUGUUAAUGCUACUAAUGGACGGUAUAUCUACACACCAAUGAAAGACGUGUUGAUCAUUAUUGUGUUGCAUUACUUAUUAAAAAUUCACCAAAAAAUACCAGUUUUCACCUUAGUCUGUAAAAUGCAUUUUGGAAAUGGCUAGUUUCUAAAAGUAGCUAGCAUUAUCUUUCCAAAUAACAGGUUAUUUUUACAUAAGUUGAACUUGGUCUUGAAGUCACAGAAUUAACAAAUACUAAAAGGUUAUUAUUAAAAAGAGAUGUGUGCAGUAGCAUGGACCAGUGUUUUUACUUAGGUUUGCCCUGUGUGUUUACACAAAUACCUCAGCUGAUAUAACUUUAUUUAUUUAACCAAAUAUAACCAACAUUUUACAACAGCAAUCUUGCCAAGAAGCCAACAAAGUAAUUCAUCUUGUUCCUGCA